AUGGGAAGUUUUCAGAAAGGAGUGAUUGACGCUGCCAAGGAGAUGGCAUCCGAUGCAGCAGAAGCUGUGAAGGAAAAAGCAUCCGAAGCCUACAGCAAGGUGCCAGCACUGUUCAUCGACCGAGUAGAACAAGUUUGGUUAAACUGGUUAGUGCAGCUAGCAGCCAGGUCGGCAGAAGCGUGGACAUUGAUCAAAAAGACGCUAAGUUACCAGCAAUCAGCGGAUAAUUUCAAACUGGUGCUUGCUGAUGGAAUCACAGUCCCUUAA